CCGGAGGCUUGGGGGUUAUGGAGGCGUUGACCGCCGACCGGCACAUACCAAACCCAGCCGCCUUUCCAGAGCAGAUAGCCCCAUUCCCUGAGAGCACAGACCACCACCUUCUCUUCGCCAAUCCAACGGCUCUGGUUCACUCGCCGCCCCAGAAGCUCCGUCCUAUCAGGUGCAGCAGCGGCAGGUGUCCUGCAAUCGAGCUCCCGGACAGCGCAGGAAACCUAGGUGAUGGGGGUCCAGCACAUGUCGGGUCGGGUACGUGGGGAGACGAGGGGGAGAACGAGUCCAGUUCGUCACCAGAUGAAGAUGGUGAUGAGUAUUUAAAAACAGAAGGUACAGAACGCAUGAAGCGGAAGAGAAAGAGAAGAUCGAGGACGGGAGGAAGGUUUGAAAGGGUUGAGAUUUUUCUGGAAAGUCUGAUAAUGAAAGUGAUGGAGAAGCAAGAGCAGAUGCAUAAGCAGUUGAUAGAAAUGAUAGAAAAGAGGGAGAAAGAAAGAAUAGCAAGAGAAGAAGCCUGGAAGCAGCAGGAGUUAGACAGAAUGAAAAGGGAUGAGGAGAUAAGAGCCCAAGAGACAUCUCGUAGCCUUACACUCAUUUCCUUUAUCCAGAAUUUUUUGGGCCAUGAAAUUCAAGUCCCCAAACCAGCACCAGCACCAGCACCAAUAUCAGUAGUACCUAAUUAUGAUCAUCGAUGCAUGGACGAAAAUGGGGUUGCAGACAAUGGCAUUCAGAGAGACAUGAUGGUGAUGAUCAAGUGUGAUCAAACUAAUAGAAGAUGGCCAGAAGCUGAAGUGCAAUCCCUGAUAACGCUGCGGGCUGCUUUGGAACACAAGUUUCGCAUUGCGGGUAAUUCCAAAGGACCCAUAUGGGAGGAGAUAUCUCUUGGUAUGUGUGAUAUGGGCUACAACCGCUCAGCAAGGAAGUGUAAGGAGAAAUGGGAAAACAUCAACAAGUAUUUCAAGAGGUCCAUGGGAACUGACAAGAAGCGUUCUGCAAAUGCUAAGACUUGCCCAUAUUUUCAGGAAUUAGAGUUGCUCCAUAAAAGUGGACUUGUAAGUUCAGAGGAUGGUUUUAAAUGCACAAGCAACCAGAACGAGGCUAAGAUUGAAAAACAGGACAACAGUGAAAAAGGAGUAACAGAGUGAUAUCAGAGAUUCAAGUGAAGCUUCUGAGAGAGAAAGAGAGAGAGAUAGAUACAUGAAUGGGUCUUUGAUGGCUAAAUGAUUAUCAUUUGAGCAGAAAGAGGAGAUUGACAUCUUGUUUGAAGCUUUGGUUGUAUCUUGUUUGAACUUUAUAUCCAUGACAGUUAACAAGUGCAUUAGCAUGGUUUGUUGUGCUAUUUGAAAUGCUCUGUUGGAAAUUGAUGAUGGAAUUGUAAAAAUACAAAAUGAGGCAAAUUGAGUUA